CCAACUCUUCGCUUUGGUGCAUUUGCGGUUUGCGUCCGGAGGUCAAGAUGUCGAUGGAUUUGGAUGCGCCAGUUCCCAUGUUGGGGCUGCAGGACCAGCCCCCGGUCGCUGCGACGAUUCUGUGCUGCAACUGCGGUGCCCCCAUCGAUGGAACCACUUCUGCUGGUGCUAUGUGCCAGGACUGUCUGAAACUGAACGUCGACGUCACCCAAGGCAUCCAGCGCGAAUCGACCCUCCUCUGCUGCAAAGACUGCGAGCGGUGGCUCCAGCCCCCCAACCAGUGGGUGGUUGCGACCCUCGAGUCCAAGGAACUCCUCGCCCUCUGUCUGCGCCGCCUUCGUGGCUUGUCGAAAGUCCGCAUCAUCGACGCCAACUUCAUCUGGACCGAACCCCACUCGAAGCGCAUCAAGGUCAACAUCACAAUUCAGCAGGAGGCCUUCCAGGGCACGAUUAUCCAACAAUCUUUUGAGGUGGAAUACGUGGUGGCUGGCCAGCAGUGUCCUGAUUGCCAGAAGAGUUUCACGCCCAACACGUGGCGAGCUGCAGUCCAGGUCCGACAGAAGGUCCCUCACAAGCGUACCUUCCUUCACCUGGAGCAGUUGAUCCUGAAGAACGACGCUCACAAGGAUACGGUGAAUAUUAAGGAGGCCAAAGAUGGUAUCGAUUUCUACUUUGCGCAGCGGAACCACGCCGAGAAGAUGGUCGACUUCCUUGCCUCUGUGGUACCGUGCAAGAUGCAGAAGUCCCAGGAGCUCAUUUCCAUGGAUGUUCACACCAGCACCAAGUCCUACAAGCACACCUUCUCGAUUGAGUUGAUCCCCAUCUGCAAAGACGAUCUCGUCGCAUUGCCGCUCAAGCUUGCCCGCCAACUUGGAAACAUCGCCCCCCUCACCCUCUGCCACCGCGUCGGAAACAACGUGAAUUUCUUGGAUCCGACUACUCUGCAAACGGCCGACGUCCAAACCGGCGUGUACUGGCGGUCGCCGUUCAAGAACCUCGCCGACGUCACCCAGCUGAAGGAGUUUAUCAUUCUGGAUAUCGAGCUUACCGGCCAGUCGAAUGGCCGUUUCCACCUUGCCGAGGCCACUGUGGCUCGCGCCUCGGACCUUGGCUCCAACAACACCACCUACUUCUGCCGCACACACCUUGGCGGUAUCCUGCACCCCGGUGACUCCGUUCUCGGCUACCACCUGAGCGGCACCAUCUUCAACGACGACAACUUCGACGCGAUCGAGCAGAGCCACCAGUACGGAUCGACGAUCCCGGACGUCGUGCUCGUCAAGAAGUUCUACGCCCGCAAGAAGAAGCCCAAGAGCCGCAACUGGCGCCUCAAGCGCAUGGCCCGCGAGUACGAGGAGGAGGCCCUCGCCAGCGCUGGCCAGCAGAGCCGCAAGAAGGAGCAGGAAGCCAACCGUCUGGAGGAGGACUUUGAGAUGUUCUUGCGCGAUGUCGAAGAGGACGAGGAGCUCCGCCAGACGCUGGAUCUGUACAAGGUCCGGAAGCAGCCCCAACCGGCCGAUGCUAUGGAUGAGGACGAGGACCACGAGAGCGAGGAUGAGACGCCGCAGAUCAACAUGGACGAGCUGCUUGACGACUUUGAUGAGCUGAAUAUGGAUGAUGAUUGAGCUUUCUGCGAGUAAUAUCCCUGAUGAUCACGGCUGGUGUUUAUAUUCUACUUUUCUGAGGGGUUCAUGUCGAUAAAGAAAAGUUUUAUUACCCCCUUGUUGUUUUUUCUUAAAUCCAGGUUUCAUAGCAUCCAUGCAUUUCACCCUUUCAUCU